AUGCAGAACAACAGCACCAGCACACAGCAGAGCCAGCACACGGACACAGCCAUCAGCGAGAUGGAGCGCAAGAUCCGGUUUGCGCUGGAGACACUGUCGCAAAUAAGCGUCUCGGUCAGCAACUACGAGUCGGCAGACGAGCAGGUGCUGCAGCAGCGGGUAGAGAACCUGGUGCGCAGCUACUCGGAGAUGCACGCAAUGAAGGAGUCGCUGGACGCCAACAUCCCGAUGGAGGUGCUGAAUUUCAUCGAGGACGGGCGCAACCCCGACGAGUUCACGCGCAACUUCACAGAGCGCGUGGCAGCUGAGAACCAGUUCACCAACGGCAAGAUCUCGGCGCUGAGCAACUUCAAGCAGGAGUUCGAGGCUCAGCUCAAGGAAUCCUUCCCCGAAGACGCAGCAAGCAGGCUGAACAAAACAUGA